AUGCCAACAUUCACCAAAGCCGAGCUCGAACGCGUCGGAAUUACGACCGGAUCUUUUGAUAUCUGGAAUGCCGCCUCUAUGAGUGAUAGCAGAAAAUGCCUUUUCACACCAUUUGAUGAGGAAGAACUCAGAAGGUGGACGAUACCGGCAGACAUGGCCCAAUGGGAAAGCAUGAGAGAGCGAUUGGAUCUGAAAGAGGUGGACGCCAACUCCGAACUUGCUCUGAGCCCUAGCCCUAGCGAGAUACGCAAGGGAAUCAAAGACAUUAUGGCCUAUCUCAACACCAACUAUAUGUUCCGGUCCAUUGGCUCAACCAAACUCUGUUCCGCGCUCGGAUGGACUGUUAUCGACCCUCGGUCAGUCGACUGUCGAAACAAGGACUUUCUUUUCUCCGGACAUGGAACCAAGGUAGGAACAAUCUUCCCAUCGUGGCAGGUCUGGUCAAUCCAAGGGUGGCGCGAGAAAAAUCCCGCAGGCGCCGGCUUUCACAUCGGCCCAUCUAUCCGCAUGAUCAUCAGCACUGAAGCCAUUGGUCCCUGCGACCGCAUUCUUCUCAACGAGAUUGGGGCCAUAGCUGAGUGCAUUGCCUUCCGCCGACGCCAGCAAGUCUUCCCACCAUACCCCAUCAUCCCGAUUCUCUUGCUAUCCCUCUUUGGGCGACGCAAUGGGCGCAUCAUCCAAGCUCGCUAUGACGUGCAUUCUGGGAAGACAGAGCUGCUCAUUUCUCCGCUCCUUUCCUUCUGGAGGAAGGAAGACCCUUCCUUCGAGAUUUUCCUGCGGUUCAUGGCAAGCUGCCCACCUGAGUCGUGUUCUCUUGACGAGCAACUUUCUCGGAUGUCAAUUUCAGGUCCCCCUGCUGGCCCAGAUCCAGAAAUGUUCCGAGGGAACUAG